CUUGUUAUUCAAAGUACAUAGGCUCGUCGAACCAGUCUCAUAUUCGUUGUGACUUUUGUAAGUUGUGGACCUGUGGAAAAGUUUUUAACUAAAAUGGGUUCUCUCACAAUAGCGUUGUCCGUUUUCGCGGUUCUGUUGGCCGUUGGUUACUCGGAAGCAAGUGGCAGCUGCCCCGUCCCGUCAAAAGUGUACAGCUGCAGCCCGAAGUGCAAGGAGAACUACGAGUGCAGCAACGGCAAGCUGUGCUGCAGGAACGGCUGCAACGAGAAGUCCUGCGCCGAGCCUGUUGGCGGCUCGCAGGGGGCUGGCGGCAACAAGUAUGGAGGUAUCGGUAUAUACUGCAACAACCAGAAGUGCAGUCCUCAGGAGGUCUGCAAGAUGGACCCCAACACUAAACGCAUGAGAUGCGUGCGCUCUUAAAUAUACGACUUUUUUGACCUCUAGCCGCCCAGAGACCUAUAAAAAGGUCUCCUGUUCCAUUCUAAUUUUAAUCUACCUACAAAACUAAAACUAAACCUAAAAAAAGAAACAUACCUAAAAAUCGAAUUUAAGCUGUUUUGAGACAUACUAACAUUGAAUAAUUACAACAACACAAACAACAACACAACAACAACACUACAAACAACACAACAACAACAACAACAACAAGUGAGACACAACACAACAAGUGGGUCUAAACCGUAAAAUUAUUCAAUACCUAAAAAUCUAUAUCUAAAGAGGGCCCCUGGGGUAUAGUGUCAUUUGAAUCUUAGUUUUGACAAAUCAAAAUUGCAUUUUUCUUGGCAAGUUUUGCCGUCUGGGCGGCUAGCGGGUAAAGAUGCAAUUGGCUAGUUUACUAUGGACACAGAGUAAAUAAUAGUACUAGGUACAGAAGUUUCACUCUCUAACAAAACGCGUCUACUACUAUGACUGCAAGGUGGCGCAAGCGCGAGGAGGCGUCCGUUCGGUAGCAGUGCGCUGCAACCACUACUGCUAGACACCAAGAUUGGUGUGGGCCGCAUGUACUUGUAGCGACGCGACGAAAUCUCUAAGUGAGCCACGCCUGCUAUGGAUCAACUUAAAUUGUUUUACAGAGCAGUCAUUCAGUUAAGUCUUACGAAAAUACACGGUAAAUUCAAGAUCGAAUAUAUUCGUGUGCUUUCAAUGAUUUUUAUCAGCAAAAACGAUAUAAAAUAUAAAAUGGACCUGUCCAUUUUGUGACUUCACGCGAUAAGACUUAUCGCUUCUCGACUCUCUAACUCCAUAAUGAAAAUCGUUUUGAUACUUAUUUGGCAAAGAGAAACUGAUUUGUCGAAUCUUCAUAGUAAAAUAGCCUAUGUUAAUUGGUACACCUACUGCACCUAUUCAUUUUAUUGUAAGUCCAAGUAAAUGGUUAAAAUACUUUCAUUUUUGUAACUUUAAUAAGUAAUAAACUUGUUUUUUUAA